ACUGCAGCAAGAGACUCCCAAAGAAGAUGUCCGCAAGCGCAAAAGACCAAUGCCGCGCAAAGCAGAGAUGAAAGCAGCAGAGAAUCACGUGCUCGAAAUCCCACAGCUCGAAAUCUCCAAAGAGCAAGAGCGCAAGCUCAAAAUCCAAAAAGCCGCUGCGAAACGAUGGGCCCCCAAUCUCCAAAGGCCCCCGCCUCAGCUAAAAGAGAUCAACGCUGCCUACAAUAAUAAGCUUAUGAGGCAUUACACCGACGAGACUGCAGCACCGUCAAACACUUUCAUCAGACCGCCGAUCAACAGAUCCGCGCGAGUCGACAGCUUACUGGCAAGCCUUCCACUUCAACCCGCAAAAGCAUCCGAAAAGUCAUACAGUCAGAAACAAGCCGAGCGCAGCGAAGAAGCCAGACGAGCCAUACUCUUACAGCAAAACAAGCGCAUCACAGAAAGUGACUACGUUAAGAAGCUGGCGUGGGAAGCUUUCUCCUCCAACGACCAAGAACGCAAAAAUCACGAACGCUACUCGAUGAUGAUUUCGGGUCUGAAAGUCGAGGAGAUGCAGAAAGAACGGAAUGGCAAGGAUAAUAAGUUGCCUGACUGGAGAAAGGUGAAGACGGGUCGGUUCGCGAAGUCCACUGGAUAGGAGGGUGGGGGGUCAGGGUCCGGCGAAGGGCUCCGAG